AGGUUAUGUCAAUUUCGAAUGGAAUUUCGAAGUACACUUCCAUUGGAUUUCCGGUGUGUGAUUGGAAAUUUGCUUCCUUUCCAAUCGUUUGUCAUUGGUUGAAAAACGUGCUCAUGUCUAAGCGAGGACGAGGAGGUUCCGCCGGAGGAAAAUUCCGGAUAUCCCUGGGUUUGCCAGUAGGCGCCGUGAUCAAUUGCGCCGACAAUACAGGUGCCAAGAAUCUGUACGUAAUUGCAGUCCAUGGCAUCAAGGGGCGUUUGAAUCGUCUUCCCGCGGCCGGUGUCGGUGACAUGUUUGUGGCCACGGUGAAGAAGGGCAAACCUGAGCUGAGGAAGAAGGUAAUGCCUGCCGUUGUCAUUCGGCAGCGCAAACCAUUCAGAAGGAAGGACGGUGUGUUCAUUUAUUUUGAGGACAAUGCUGGCGUAAUUGUAAACAACAAAGGCGAAAUGAAAGGAUCAGCAAUUACGGGGCCUGUGGCUAAAGAGUGCGCAGACUUGUGGCCACGUAUCGCUUCAAACGCCAGCUCUGUCGCUUAAGCACGUUGAUCUGGAAAUAAAAUCCUCCUCAACAGUCUAAA